AUGGGGCAGCAGCAUAACAAAUGCUCGCGGGCGCGCCGUUUUAGAGUCGCUAGCCUCAUUAGACGUCGCCCUUCUAAACUGCGGCUCUCGCAACACUUUCAACAGCGCAGGCAGAGGAUCAAUAAUCGACCUUACUUUCGUCAGCAACAGCUUGGCGAGAUUUGUUGCAUGGCGGCUGGAUGACAACUACACCGCCAGCGACCAUGAGGCCAUAAUUUUAUCCCUAGGACAGUCAGCUCGACCACAACAGACGCGUACCCAGGCAGUGGAAUUACCGUACAACUCUGACACGCUUAACACCUAGGCAUUUUCGGCUGCGAUUUAUGAUGCGACGCUGACUGCGGGAUCUGCUCAAGGCAUGGCAGACCAGCUAUGUGGCAUGCUGGCAUCAGCCUGCGAUGCGAGUAUGGCCCGCUCCAGACCCUUUAAUCAUCACCAACCAGUCUUCUGGUGGAACGAUGAAAUUGGAGAUCUACGGAGGACUUGCCUAAUCGCAAGAAGGCGUUACGAAAGGGCAAGGAAGCGACUGGAUGUAAACUGGCCACAGAUGCACUCCACUUUUAGCCAAGCGAGAAAAUUCCUGAAGAAGGCCAUCCUUGCAGCCAAAAUGAGGUUUUCCUCAAGCUGUGUGACUCAGCCGAGCACGACCCCUGGGGUAAGGCCUAUAAACUAGUAGUGAAGCGAAUCCAUGCAAACCGGCAAUCCGCGCCAACAGAUGCCGCAGACCUCAGAAAAAUAGUCGAUGAUCUCUUUCUCCUUUCGAGUGUGCAGCGCUUUCAGGACGGUUUCGGAGGUUGGUAAUUGCGGGUAUGAUCCCAAUCGACCUACUUGCCGAUGAAGCCAAGGCGAUCGCCGUAGCUGUCAGCCGCGGCACACCCAAAAAAGGAGCCAGCUCUGAGGCGAGAAUUCGGAGUCUUGUGACUUGGCAAAGACACUGGGAUGCCUCUAGCAAGGGAAGGUGGACCCAUCUCCUCAUCCCAACGGUCACGGAUGCUGCAGAUCAUAUCUGCACCGGUUUGGGCAUGAGCAUGAACCCUUUUGCUUGGUCUGCGGCAGCAGCACAGUCGAAGACGCAAAACAUAUCCUGUUUGAAUGCGUCAGGUUCAAUAACGAGCGACAAAGGGUGGCAGACCUGAUCAACACUGCCCUUACACCCGACAACUUGGUCACAGGACGUCUUAUGCCUGCAGUCCGAUAAAUUAACAUUUUAAACUGUUAUGUUAUUGUUGUUAUGUUAUAA